CAUUAAAUAAGGACAUUACAUCGUACUGGAAGACACUGAGAAGUGGUGUAGAAAAACGGCCUGUACUUUUUCUGUAAAGGACACGGAGAGUCAGGAUCACGAAAUGCAGGCACUGCUGGAUAUCCUCUAAACCUUCAAUCUGUGUGUGAUAAUGGCCAGCCAUGGUUUACUGUAGCACUGGACAGGAGGAUGACAGAGAGAGGAAACCAUGGAGAGACUCUUGCCCAAAUAUUUCCCUUUCUUUACUCUGUUGGCACUGACAGGACUCAUAUUCCUGCUGUGGAAUAUCACCUCAUUGGAAAGCUGGACCUGUCAAACAGUAUCUACCUUCUACCAGCUUCAAAACAGCAUACAAUCUGUCUUGAAGACCUCCGAAAUGCUGCUACCCGUGGAAUUCAACUAUUCGUACUGCAUCCACCUUGGCCAGGAGCCAUCCGCAGAGGAGGCCAAAGAGGAGAGCUAUCUUCUCAGAUCCAUCACCUGGCCAGAGCCGCUGGUCCUAGGGUUGCCCUUGCGCCAAAGCAGUGAUCCUGCACAAAGCUAUUAUAUGAUCCAAAACUCUGGGGAUCUGCUGGUGGGUGGACAGCUGGUAGUGAAGGUACAGAUGCAAAACUUUAUCGGCCAGCCUAAAAAACAUGGAGGAGACUUCAUAGUAGCACGACUUCAUACACCAGAACUUGGAGCAGGUGUGACAGGGCAGGUACAUGACCACAGAGAUGGAAAAUACACAGUGUUUUUCCCACUGCUUUGGGCUGGAGUUGUGCACGUGGAACUGACCAUGGUUCACUCCAGUGAAGCGGUGAUGGUCCUCAGGCGACUUAGAGAGGAGCAAGCGGACCGAGUCUUCUUCAAGAGCCUCUUCCGCUCACGUUACCUCUCUGAGACCACUGUUUGUAAUCUGUGUCUGCCAGUUAAACAGCAACCGCUUUGCAACUAUACAGACCCCCAGACCGGAGAACCUUGGUACUGUUAUAAGCCCAAAAUGUUGGACUGUGACACACGGAUCAACCAUGCAAAAGGGGGCUAUAAAAAACACCUGCUUACUAUGUACGAGUCACAGUUCUUCCAAAGUGGAAUAAAUAUCAAAAUGCCGAUACAUGCUGCAGGGAUGGAUAAUGUGAUUGUUCUACCUGCCUCUAAAGAGCAAACCAAAGAGAACAACCUUGAAAACACUCCCUCUGGGUAUUACUAUCAAGGAUUGUGGAAGCCAUUGGGUGGUGUCACCAUGCGUCAGUUUAAUGACUCUUCAGCCGUUACCCAGUGUCUUAGAGGGAAGAUGGUGUACAUGUAUGGAGACUCCACUGUGCGACAGUGGUACGAGUAUCUCGUUGCUCAUGUUCCAGAAUUCAAGGAAUUAAAUUUUCAUAGCCUGAAGAAUGUUGGCCCACACAUGGCAGUAGACAGCAACCACAACAUACUGUUGAGGUACCGCUGCCACGGGCCACCGAUCCGGUUCACUACUGUUUAUGCAGCUGAACUGCACUAUAUUUCCAAUGAGCUAGACGCCUUACGAGGGGGCUCAGACACGGUGGUUCUUAUUAGCAUCUGGUCACAUUUCAGCACUUUCCCAGUGCAUGUGUACAUACGGCGCCUGCGGCACAUUCGCAGGGCAGUGAUUCGACUGUUGAAUCGGGAACCAGCGACAUUGGUGCUGAUUCGCACAGCCAACCUCCAGAAACUGGACCCGGAAUCUAGCUUAUACAACAGCGACUGGUUCUCUCAACAGCUUGAUACAGUGCUCAGAGCCAUGUUUAAAGGUCUGAAUGUCCAGCUGGUGGAUGCCUGGGAGAUGACCCUUGCUCAUCACCAUCCGCAUCAGCUACAUCCUCCACCUGAUAUCAUAUCAAACAUGAUUCACUUUAUUCUUUCCCACAUCUGCCCAGUUAGGAGAAAGAAAAGGCAGAGUUAGCUAAUGCAAGGCUGUACUUGGAAUAUUUGGGAGUGCUUGUGGGCGGGACAAUUUUGACUGAAUUAUUUAUUACAGCGAUAGUUUUGGACUUGGUAAGACCAAAAUCUGCUCUUCACAUUUUCUCAUACCUCUGUGUUUGGGACCAACCUUGUGUAUGACUGUCUUUCUUCUUCAGAACACAAAUGAAUAUUUUU